AAAAAAAGCACACAUUUAUCUGUUGUAAACGUCUUGUAUGCGAGCUUUUCUUUUGAUCCUAACCUAGAAAUUUUCUUUCAAAAGCGUUUUUUUGGCAUUUUGUUUUGUAACAGAGUUUGUAACAAGUUUUUAGAAUACAAAUUUCGCUGUUUAUUAGCUAUUCGUUAAGUCUAAGUUUAUAGGUGGCAAUACACGUUAAAAAGCUAACGAUUUAAUAGCAAGUCGGAGAAGCUUGCUAAGUUGAAUUUCCUCCUAACUAUAUAGUAUAAUACCUAGAUCUAAGACCUAGAUACUAUGCAUCGAAAUAAAAACCAUGUCUAUUAUGAGAAGUUACACUUUAGGAAAAAACUUUCUGAUGACAGAAAGAGGAAAACAUACGUAGCUGCAUGUCUUUUUUGCCAUACCGAAGUUAGAAACACCAGUUAUAGUGGAUUAAUACAACACAGGAUUGUAUGUAAGAGAGAACAACAUAAAUUUUCACCGGCAAUUGGAACUGGUGUAGUAACAGCUGUUACGAAUGCUACAAAAGAUCAUACAGAAAAUGUUUCUAAUGGUAGUACUAAGAAGAGAAAACUAGAUAUUCAAUCCAAAAUCGUUAAUGAUACUAAACAGAACCUUUCUCCACUUCCAUUGUCUACUGAAGUUUGCAAGAAAUUAGGUUUUGGUUUAGUCGAUCAAGUGAAUGAUUCAAAUCAAAAAAUAUAUUUUGCCUUGUGUUUGGUGUGUAGCAAGAUUAUGACAAAUAUCACAUCAGAGAAGCUAAUGUCACAUAGGACAGUAUGUUAUUCUGAAAGGUAUUCAUUGUCACAAGACUUAUUCGAUGUGAUAAGUGAUGAUGAUUCUAAUACUUUACAUUCAGAAAUUCAGGAAAAAGAAGAUAAGAGACAGAUUAAUCAGUCUAAGGUUAAUAAAAAUAAGUCUCCUAAAAAAGUUGAAGAAAAACCUGCUUCUUCAGUCCAUUUACCACAAGCUGUUGCCAAUUUCAUAUUUAGUACAAAUUUGCCAUUCGACAUUUUGCAGUCAGUGCAGUUUCAGAGACUGAUUGAAAUUGCCAAUCCCGAUUUAAUUUCACAAAUUCCAUCUACCGACUCGUUAGUUAAAGAGACACUCGAUAAAGUUUAUCAAUGUUGUUUAGAAGAUGUAAAGAAAAAGUGGCAACAUUCUGAAUCAGUUUUAGUAAUAGGGAUGUUAAACCUUGAUGACAACCACAGAUAUUUUGUUGCGCUUCUAAGAAACGCUUUGGACGGCGAAGAAGCAUUAAUUAAUAGUAAGCGUAUUAAAGCACAUGAGAAUAUUGAAGAGAACAUGAGUAUAAUGGCGAAAGAAUGUAUAUCAAUUGUUAGUUCUUCUCUAAAUACAGACAUAUACGCUGUAAUAAUGGAAAAAUCAGUUGAAGCGCCAAAAAGAAAUGAUGUUGGUCCAUGCUACAUUACAUGUCAUAGGCACAUAGCAAGUACUCUCCUGUCUGGUCUUUUGGAUAUUAUAGAUGUCAAAACUUGUCUAUUUAAAGUACAAUGUAUAGUUGAAGAAUUAAAAAAAGUUCAAAUUAAAGGUAAUUUAAUAUAUAAAAAGUCAGAAGUUAAUUUUCAGGUGGAUAAUAUAUUUUUCUUGGUAAAUAACUGGAGUGUCAUAGAAGAAUCUCUCAAUGAUUCUCAAAUAGUUAACAGAAAUAUCUUAGAUUUAAGGUCGGUUCUUACUGAUAGAGAAUUUAAAGAAUCUUGUGAAGACUAUGUUCAUAAAUUCGUUCUUGUUCAAGGUUUUAUAAAAAAUCUUAGUUCAUCAAAGUGUUCUUUGGCAAACGCAAAGAUUUUGUGGAACAAUCUGCUGAAUAAUCCUUUGAUACGACAUUCAGAUGUAAUUUACGCUAUAGCAAAAAGUAAAUUUGAACAAACUAAUAACUUCUAUACAAUGUUAGCAUAUUAUUUUGGGGAAGGAAGAAAUAAAGAGUUUACUAAAAAAGAACAAGAAGAAAUUUCACUCUUCAUAAAGAAAUCAAUUCCUCAAAAAGCUUUGAAGGAGUAUGACAGGUUUGAAAGUGAGAUUUUAGAACUAACAGAUGCAAGAGAUGAAUAUUAUUCGUGUGAAGAUUUUUGGUCUUCAAUUGCUGAAGAUUUUCCCAACAUUUGUCAAUUAGCUUUUAGAAUUUUAUCUAUACCGGCUUCGGUUGGAGAUUUGAAAACAGAAUUUUCACAUUUCUCACAAAACUAUCAUGCUUUGGAUGAUGAACAGUGCAAAAAAUUAAUUUUUAUCUAUUUUAAUUUAAGGAAUAAUUUUGUCGAGAAUGUGUCAAAUUAAAAAUACUUUCGUUUACUUUUUUUAUAUGUAUAUGUAAUAGAUAUUUAAGACUAAUAAAUUUUUUUUUAAUA